AUGAAGAAAGCAGCGAAGGAACUGAAGGUGAAAGUGAACAUCACAGUGCGAUGCGUGGACAAGACAGCAGCCUUCAUCUUGACUGAUACUGCCGAAUAUCACAAGAAGCUGAAUGCUAUUUUAUCUGACGAUAGCAAGUUCGAACGCCUGACAAGGAACCCGACAGACGACAUCAAGAGGGAGGCUAACGGAGUCAUCAGCGCAGUGAAUGCUGAGACAAACGCUGUGCACAUCCCGCCCAUACAAGGAGACUACAGCCUGGGUUAUUUAUAUGGUAAUGUAAAAACCCACAAACAAGGAAACCCCCUCCGGCCGAUCAUCAGCCAGACACCCGCUCCUACGUAUGCCUUGGCUAAACGCCUUAACCAAAUUUUGACCCCUUACGUCCCAAGUCGGUACAGCCUGCAGUCUUCGGCAGAAUUCUUAGAAGCCAUCAAGGACACCCCUGGCACUGGGAUUAUUGCCUCGCUGGACGUGGAGUCCCUAUUUACGAACGUGCCUGUCGACGAAACCAUAGAUAUAAUCUUUGAUCGUGUCUACAGGAAUCAGUCAACAGCACCCCUCAACAUACCCGAAGCCUCACUCCAUAAGCUGCUAGAGAUCUUCACGAAGAAGGCCCCUUUCUCCACCCACCGUGGCCAUAUGUUCUGCCAGAAUGACGGCGUGGCGAUGGGCUCCCCACUGAGGGUCCUCUUCGCUAACUUUUAUAUGGUUGAACACAGCUCCGACGAUCGGCUCCCCUUCCUCGACGUCCUUGUAAGCAAGACGGAAGACGGUCUCCGUACUUCCAUCUACACAAAGAAGACCAAUCCAGGACUUUCCCUCAGCAGUGACAGCGAGUGCCCCACCAGAUUCAAAAGCACCACCGUCAGGGGCUUCGUCAGGAGAGCCCUCUCCCACUGCUUGACUUGGCAGGACACUCACAGGUACUCGACCGUGCCUCCCAAGUACUUGUGGUCGACCUUAAAAAAACAUGUGGACACAACUUUGAAAUCCUGGGCAGACAACCGGUGGGAGAGUCGAAUCAACAGUGUUGAGGUUGUAAGAUUCCAGGCUGCAAAAGUGAGAGAUGCUCUUUUAGAGGUGAGAGCAAGCACUGCAGAUCCAGCUAUUAAAAUUGAAGCACAAGCCUUAGCAGAAUAG